UGACGUCGUUUGUCCACGUGAGCUUCAUUCAGCUGAGCGCUGCAGAGAUGAAUGGCUGGGAGGGAGGAAGAUGGAAACGUUGGAAAAAUGGAGCAGAGACAUCAUGACACCUCAUCUGCUGGAUAAGAAAGAGCAGUCUAAACAAAAUGGUAUGAUUGCAGAAAAUCUGCUCAACUCUCUUAAGAUUUGCACUCGUUUGCAGCUCCAGCCAAUUUCUCGUUCAGCAUGUGCCACUGGCUCCUGUCCAGAUCUGAUGAGUAGGAACGAGCAACCUGGCUCCCGGCCGCUUGCCAUGGCCUUGACGCCCCAGCUACCCCCCAGGACCCAUCGGCGCCUGUGUCUCUCAGUGUCCUCUGACAGCAAUGGACGCUUCAAAGCUCUGGAGACCCAGGAAUGGAAAAACAACCUCAAAGCUCAGAUGGAGCAGGCUCAUAGUGCCGGAGCAGCCAGCAGUACAGGUUCCCUGGAAAGAGCGUCUCUCUUUUGCGCUUCUGGAUCCACCACCACCUCCAGCUCUGGCCUCUCCAGUCCGGUGGAGCACCUCACCAAGAGCAAGUCCUCCAGUCGCUUUUCACUUUUCUCCCCACCUUGGAACAGCAGUUCUGAGACCGACUCCAAUCCACCUUCCCGUUCCGGAUCAAAGAAAAUGCGCAACUACAGUUGUAGAGCCGGUCCUGGCAGUGCCAAAACGGGACCAGAGACUCCAGAACCCAAGCAGAGCGUCCCUGAGCACUUCCAGUACUCAGAACCGGUCAUAUCCAAGGUUACGGACUACAUUUAUGUGGGCAACCUGAAUGCAGCUUAUAGUGGACGUAUGUUGUGCCGAAAUAACAUCGACAGCAUCAUCGACAUGAGCAGCCUGCCCGGGGAGACUUGUUUGAGAGUCAUUCCUUGCACUUGUUCAAGGGGUGUCAAGCAUAGUUGGUCUCGUCUCAAAGUGGACAUGAGCGACCUUCCGGACACUGUCCAAGAAGGGCUGGCGCUCAAGCACCGCUGCUUUGAGGACAUCAAUGAGUGCAUCGAUGCCUCCAUGGAGAAGAGGAAGCGGGUGUUAGUGCAUUGUCGCGAUGGUUUUUCCCUUGCCCCCACUUGCAUUAUUCAGUACCUCAUGGUUAAACAAAAUAUGAGGCUUAUAGCUGCUUACGAGCUGCUCAGAGCCAAACACCCUGUCAACAUUCGAGAGUCCCAUCAGAACGUUCUGGUAAGUCUCGAAAGUGCUCUGAGACCGGGUGGGAACACGGAUCCAGAGUGCUUUAAACAGGCCAUCUCCCGCAAAGUGGCUUGGACCUGAUAGCGAACCUUGGGGAGCCUCCUUUCCUUUCCUUUCCUCCUUAACAGUGAAAGGCAGCUUUUUUGUGUUUCAACUGAGCUGGAUGUCAUGGUGUGAGUAACUGUGAAAUUUUACUGAAGUUGUUCAGUGGCCAUUUUAGCAAAACCAAGCCUGAGAAUUUUGAGUCAUUUGUUUUGCUUCUGGUUAAACAAAAUGAGAACAAACAUGCUUUUUGCAGCUGCUAACAAUUUGAUUUGUCUGGGAAUAUUUCUCCUGUUUAUUCUUCUUCACGUGGGUACAUAGCCAUACUCCGAAGGUUUAUGCUGAGGAAGAAAGUAGUGGGAGCUCUCAGGAGACGAAACGAUGUCACAUAUGACUGCAAACACCACUACUGAGGCUGAAACGUCAAACUGGACUACUAUCAACUAAACAUCUCAAACACUCUGUUAACAGAUUGAGGACUAAACCCGAUUAGUCGUUGUAUCUGGCAGUACAAAGCACAACCUUUGUUGGCCUCCUUAUUCAUUUGACAGUUGGUUGAUAUGUCUCUGUGUUCAAUCAGGGUCGAAAGAUACUCAGUAAGAGUAGUCCUCUAUGAGGAGACAUUUCAUUUACUAAGUGUCUUUUAUUAAAUGUAUAAUAUUCAACAAGUUUGAUCAAAUAAUUCAGUGCUUGGAAACAAUGUGAAUUUUUGUGAUGGUGUAAAGCAAUGAAACUGGCCCACUUUACACCUUUUAUGGAGUGUUGGUAUUUGGAAAAAUGAAUUCAACCGAAUUGUGGGGCAAUGCUCAGUUACAAAGGCUUGAUAUUGCACUAACCACAAGGAAAUGCACAAGUUUUGCUGAAACGUGGCUUAGUUUGAUUUAAUGUUGCGCAGUGAAUAUAGAUAAAAAUAUUUUUACUAGGCUAAUGUUUAUGCUUAACUAUAAUGAUUGUUGUUCAUGGUUUCUAUUGUAUUUUGAUUUAGCCAUAUGGAAAACCGUAACAACUGAUAGCACACGUAUGUCACCGAGACAUCUUGAAUGCAUGCUUCAUUUAUAUAGUUUUUUUUUUUUAAAGCAUUAGCUAGUUUGCAAUAUGUUGUUGACAAAAUCCUUGUCUGAUAUACACCCAGUUUGUACUGCAAGUGACCAAUGCAACAAACCUAGAUGGCUCUCAUUAUAAUAUGUAAAUCUAACGAGGUUAGCAGUGUUGAUUAUUACAUGAGCAAUCUAGUUUUGACGCUUUGCAACCCGUUACUUGCUUCUAGUUUAGAUUGGUAUGUAGAUUGGUAUGCAACAUUUAUGGUUCAAAAUUUAGAUGAAUCUGACAUCUGCACACACAUAAUAUAACGUCUGUCUUGGUGACGUACAUGUGCUUACCGGGAAAUAUAUUUGACAUGGCUUAUGCUUAUCAGCAGUGAUUAUUCUAUUUUGAUGUUUAGUGCACAGUUUGGUGAAGAAAGACCCUCUUGAGUUUUGGUGCCUUUUGUUUGAAUUCGUCCAGUUUUGAUUAUUGUGACAUUCACACGCGCACACUAUAUGCACUCAUCAGGUAUAGACAAAAUGUCGUCUUUAUGCUUUGAAAUGUUCAGGAAAUGCUCCAUGUUGGUGUAAUUUUGUGAUGUAUGGCAGAGAUCCGUUCUGAAUACGCUGUUGUAAAGGUUUCAUAGUAGUGCUCACAGUGAACAGUGCCUGUACUUCAAUCAGUGUGGUGGUGACAUCAAUCAGUGUGAGAUCAUUACCUUCUUCUACGGGCCUGCAAUUAGCUUCUGACAUUAGUAAAGCUGUAUUUAGAUUCAAAUGGAACAUUAAUUUCUGCUUUAUUCUUAUUCAUUAGCUGAUUUAAAUCUAUAUUUUUGGAUGGUUGAUCUCGCCCUGUAAAGGUCUAACAACAUGAACUCUCAGGUUAACUUUAUUGGCCUAGAAAACAUAAUGCGUUAGAAAACCAGAAUAAUGUGAGGCAAUGUAUUUUCUGUAUCAUGUUUUUGAAGAAAAUGCAUUUGUACAUGUUGAUAUUAAAGAGAAUCUGAUGCACUGAU